AUGAGGAAUCUCGUUUGGAUAAUUUUGCUCGUUGCAGUUGCAUGUGCACAAGAAGAGAAAUACAAAUUCUGCGCACCUGUUGAUGUGGUAACUGAUAGUGCGUGCUUGGUUGUGCAACGAGGAAAUUCUACAGUGUCGUGUUUGCGUGUGUCGGACAGCGCCGAGUGCGCUAUUCGCUUAGCUGAAGGCGAGGCUGAUUUCGGUGUUUUUAAUGCAGAAGAAUUGUUGCUGCUAAACCAAUUCUAUCCAUUUGAAAUUGAACCUAUUAUUCAACUUAGGCAUAGAACCAAACAGCAAGAGAGCUUUGAAUUCCAAAUGGUAGCAGUGAUUCCCACAGAGAUAACGCACAUACAGCUAACUCCUCGCCAACGUCUUGAACGUUUGAAGGAUAAAGGAUUUUGCCAUCCUGGUUUUAGCAAAUCUCAAUGGCUUAAUGAUUAUAUUCUCAAGCAUUUUGAAAACUCAUUGUUAGUAAACCCUCUGCAAUGCCAAGAUGAUAUGACCGCUAUUGAGAACGAGAUCAGAAAUCUCAAGAAUUUCUUUGGAAGAGCUUGUAGACCAGGCGAAUGGACUUCUAAUAAGACCAUCGAUGAAGAACUAAAAAAGAAAUAUCCAGAAUUAUGUGCUCUUUGUGACAACACGUCUACUUGUAGUUAUAAUAAUAUGCACCAUCACGGACAUCUCGGAGCUUUGCAGUGUCUAACUUAUGGUUAUGGUAAUGUGGCAUAUGUAGCGCUUCAAUACGUACAGGAAUAUCUCAGAACAAAUGAGUCGUAUCAGUUUUUAUGUCCAGAUGGCAACAUUCAUCCUUUGUCCACUCCAAAUCCUUGCACAUGGCUCCAACAACCGUGGAGCGUCGUCGCAGCUAAAACGAAAGUCGCAGAUUCUCUUAAGGGAAAGUUAAUAGACUGGAUACAUAAAACGAAUUUGGAACAAUGGAAAAUUAGUUUAAGCAAAAUUAUACAAGAGGAUAGCUGGGGCAUAGAUUUGCCGAAAAUGAGUACAGCUACGUAUUUGAAGGAAAGAGACAUCAAUUUUGAAAAUUUUAAAACCUGCGGCAAGCACAUUCGUUGGUGCACGAUUGGCGAUCCAGAAACCAACAAGUGCAAAUGGGUGGCGAAAGCAGCGAAGGCUCUCGGUGUGGCACCGAGCAUUUCUUGUAUCAAAUCAAAUUCCACAUUUCAAUGUUUCCGUGAUAUAGAAGAAAAUCGAACGGAUAUAAUGGUCAUUGAUUCCAACUAUGGUUACCUGGCACGAAAAGUUUAUAAUCUGUCAUCAGUUCUAUACAGCGAAACUGAACUGGAUAAGAAUAGUGUGACACUCGCUGUGAUGCGUGAGCCUAAAGAUGAUAAUUAUCUCAUAAAGAACUUUCACGAUUUAAAAGACAAAAAGGCAUGUUUCCCUGAAUACGGCGGACUCGGCUGGUUGAGUUUUAUCAAUGCCGCUAGAAUAAACAAUAUCAUCUCAUCUAAACGCUGUGACUAUCCAUUGUUGGUAUCCGAACUGUUGUCUAGCGCUUGUACCCCUGGAAUAGAAGAUUCCGACCACUCGAGCACUGCCAUCCCUUCGGACGUAGCGUCUAAACUUUGCUCGGCUUGUAAAAAUGAAAAUAAUCCGUCCUGCGCAGUGAAUGAAACUAAUCACUAUUACAGUGACAAAGGAGCCAUACAGUGUCUGACUGAAGAAGUCGGCGAUGUAGCGUUUAUCGACAUGUCAAAUAUUCACGACUACUUUGUCAAUUCGAACACGUACCGUGUUCUGUGUAAAAAUGGAAGUUUGGCCCAACAAUCAGGAUUUAAUGUUGGCGAAGACUGUGCAUUAUCGGUGACAAUUGAUAGCGAGGUUGUUGGUCGUAAGACAGAUGCUGAGCAAAUCUCUAGGACGGAUACUACUCUAGCUUUAUUAAAGCUGGAAGAUUGGCUAGGAUAUCGCGUAAACGCUCGAAGACCAAUUCACAUUUACGGACCAUUCAAUGGCACAAAAGAUCUUCUCUUCAAAGAUUCUUCGGUUGGCUUGGUUUCUACAUCGUCAACGAAGAAGUCAGUGGUUGCCUAUAAAGAACUUCUUGAUAACGUCGAAGACUGCUCGAAUGGUUCUUUAGCCACCGCUAAUUUCAUCUUUAUAAUCUUAGUUGCACUUUAUCACCUUUUUUCCAGUCACGUACACUAAUUUUCUCUGCAUUGUUAAAUCUAUUAUUUACAGUAUUUACGUAAUACAUCAUUGCCAUACGUAUAAUAUAUAUAACCG